CUGACUGGAUGAAGUUCUCUUGGGAGGAGUUUGAAUCAACAACAGCUUCCACGAUGAGGACACCAUCAGUGCUGAUCCCUGCAGCAGUUGUGUUGCUGCUGCUCAACCCACCGAGGUGCACAGAGGCUGCGACCUUCCAUGGCGCUUUACCGCAUUCAAGCAAACCCAACCCGAACGACUCGGAGAGAUGCGUCCAACCCGCCAUCGGAGGACUCGUAUCCCGCGGACCGGGACCGGGACCCGUGACCUCCACGGACGAGGUGCUGGAGUCCAGCCAGGAGGCCCUGCACGUCACGGAGCGCCGGUACCUGCGGCUGGACUGGUGCAAGACGCAGCCGCUGAAGCAGACCAUCCGGGAGGAGGGCUGCCUGAGCCGCACCAUCAUCAACCGCUUCUGCUACGGCCAGUGCAACUCCUUCUACAUCCCGCGGCAUGUGUACCAGGACGGCGUCGCGUUCGAGUCCUGCUCCGCCUGCAAACCCAAGACCUUCAGCACCGUCACGUACACGCUCUUCUGUCCGGGACUGACGCCGAGCACCAGGAAGAAACGGGUGCAGCGCGUCAAGCAGUGCCGCUGCACCACCAUCGAUACGGAUUAGAUGGAGACGAUCUUCAGUGGGAGAGAAGUCGCUACUGCACGAUGAGAAAACCAUUUGCUUCAUUGAAAAUAUCUAAAUUAAAUUACUAUUCGAGGAGUUGGUACGAGUGAAUACUUACAUUUAAACAAUGUAAGUUGUUGCCAAAUAGUUAUUUUUAAAACAUUCAACUUACUUUUUGGUUCUGAACACUAAAGCUUUGUAAACAACAAAUAAGUUGGGCUUGUGUUGAGAUUUCUAAAGAAAGCUGCUUAUUUUAAGUAUUAUAUUCUAAUACUGCACUUCAGCGGGUCCUCAAAUAUCUGAUUACCUUAACCUGGGGUCAUUUGUAGGGAAAAAGUUGUUUUCAGUUGACUUUUACACAAAUUCUUUACUUUUUCUAAUAAAUCCAGAAGUGUAAAAAAAGUCCCAUUCCCUCAAAUUCUACCAUUCAACCCAAAAUACAAGAAUAUGUGGUGUUGACAACUAACCUGGCAGUGUAAAACAUAUCUACAACUGUAUUAUAUAAGUUGUAUAAAGAUAUAUUGAUUUAAAGCAAUUGUUGAAUUGAUAAGAUUAUUAUGAGGAAAUUAACCUGAGCCUUUGUUAUAAUGGAGAGUUGGAUACUCACCAAUGUGCCACUAGUUAAGCUGAUAUAAUAACCACUAAUGGUCUUUUUAUGUGUGCAAAUAGAUUUAGAGAUAUUGUGUCCACAAGAGAUUGAGUUGGAGCUAGAUUCUUUAUUUCUUCAGGCUGGUGGAUGUGCAAGACAGAGCAGGAAAAGGAGGACAAGUCUCUAAAAGGACUUGGGUUCAUUAUUUCCACUGUGUGGGAUCUAAAGUCAAACUUCCAUUAUAUAAAAAUACUUUUUUCUGUACAACUUGCACUGCUUCAAUGCCACAUGUAUGAUUUAUGUAUCGUGUUGUG